UGAGUUGUGCAUCCCUCUUCCCUACCUUCCUGCCUAUCCUGCUCCUGCCUGGCUAUCAUGUCAAACUACCCCACCAUCCCACUCUGUUUACACUUGACCCCUCCCUCUUGAGCAUAAAGUGCACGGAAGUUUGAUGCUUCCUGCACAUCGUACUAUGCUCGAGAUAUCUGCCAUUCAGUGCAUGCAUCCCCACUGGUCACCGCCCCGUAUUUCUCCCCCUCAAGCUCGGUCAAUUGACUGAUCGGAGCUCUCCUCCACCACCAUCGGCGGUGAUCUCCUCGUCAUCGAAUCAUCCGGCUCUCUCUUUUCGGGUCGUCGGUGAACACCAUCCCACCCCGCUGCUAGUCUCGUCCCAACAGCCAUCCAGAGCGCAGUUGUUUUAUUUUUUUUGCCCCCCCUGGUCCUUUCCCCCCUUUCUAUUUAUUGACUAUCCCUCCCGCCUUUUUUCCAUCUCUUCUCCAAAACUUUUCUGGUCUCCCUAGUUCAGUUGACUGAUCAAUCCAGACCGUCAAAAUGCCCAUCUCCAAGAUCCACGCCCGCUCCGUCUACGACUCUCGUGGCAACCCCACCGUCGAGGUUGACGUUGUCACCGAGACUGGCUUGCACCGUGCUAUCGUUCCCUCCGGAGCUUCCACUGGCCAGCACGAGGCUCACGAGCUCCGUGACGGUGACAAGACCAAGUGGGGUGGAAAGGGUGUGCUCAAGGCCGUCAAGAACGUCAACGAGACCAUCGGCCCCGCUCUCAUCAAGGAGAACCUCGACGUGAAGGACCAGUCCAAGGUCGAUGAGUUCCUCAACAAGCUUGACGGCACCGCCAACAAGGCCAACCUCGGUGCCAACGCCAUCCUCGGUGUCAGCUUGGCCAUCGCUAAGGCCGGUGCUGCCGAGAAGGGCGUUCCCCUCUAUGCUCACAUCUCCGACCUGGCCGGUACCAAGAAGCCUUACGUCCUUCCCGUCCCCUUCCAGAACGUCCUGAACGGUGGAUCCCACGCCGGUGGCCGUCUGGCCUUCCAGGAGUUCAUGAUCGUCCCCGACAACGCUCCCUCUUUCUCCGAGGGUCUCCGCCAGGGUGCCGAGGUCUACCAGAAGCUCAAGGCUCUGGCCAAGAAGAAGUACGGCCAGUCUGCCGGUAACGUCGGUGACGAGGGUGGUGUUGCCCCCGAUAUCCAGACCGCCGAGGAGGCUCUCGACCUGAUCACCGAGGCCAUUGAGCAGGCCGGCUACACCGGCAAGAUCAACAUCGCCAUGGAUGUUGCCUCGAGCGAGUUCUACAAGACCGACGCCAAGAAGUACGACCUCGACUUCAAGAACCCCGACAGCGACCCCACCAAGUGGCUCACCUACGAGCAGCUGGCCGACCUGUACAAGUCGCUGGCUAGCAAGUACCCCAUCGUCAGCAUUGAGGACCCCUUCGCUGAGGAUGACUGGGAGGCCUGGAGCUACUUCUACAAGACCUCUGACUUCCAGAUUGUUGGUGAUGACCUGACUGUCACCAACCCUCUCCGUAUCAAGAAGGCCAUCGAGCUCAAGUCUUGCAACGCCCUCCUCCUCAAGGUCAACCAGAUCGGUACUCUCACCGAGUCCAUCCAGGCCGCCAAGGACUCCUACGCCGACAACUGGGGCGUCAUGGUGUCCCACCGUUCCGGUGAGACCGAGGACGUUACCAUUGCCGACAUUGCCGUCGGUCUGCGCUCCGGCCAAAUCAAGACCGGUGCUCCUGCCCGUUCCGAGCGUCUGGCUAAGCUCAACCAGAUCCUCCGUAUCGAGGAGGAGCUGGGUGAGAACGCCAUCUACGCCGGCCAGAAGUUCCGUAACUCUGUCAACCUGUAAAUGUAGCCAGGGAUCUUGCGGACCACACCCUUUCCUUCCCGGGACCAACCGAGUGUAUUCCCCCCGGGCUGUUUCAUACUUCACAAUUUUGACUGCUAGGCAGCUUUGUUGGGUUGGAACAAACUGCAAAAGUACCAUCGCAGAUGACUAUUUGAUCAAGAUUUAUGAUGACGAAUUGAUAAGCCAACUCUACAGGCUAUAUAAUGAAGAAAAGAAAUUGCAGUUAAAACUCUGGCGGAAUUGUGUGUAGGAGUGUAGAUUGUUGUAGAUUUAGAUUUACAUAACACAGUACGGACUUGCGCAGGAUGACAGUGUUGAGGGCGGGACUGAAAUAUCGGG